CUAGGGUAACGGCUCAAGUCUGUUAAGAAUAAAGGCCUAAGAGCGAGUACGUGGCGAACAGUGUGGCGACAGAGAGCGAGAGAGAGAGAGAGAAAGAGCGCUAAAGCACAAACACAGCUGUCGCCUUUGCCGCGGUGGCUACCUACUAGUAUCAAACGAAUGCAAAGCCAAAGCUAACCGCUCAGCGCGCAAAAGCAAAAGCAGCCGCGCAGCGACGCGUCGCGCCUCAUCACAUAAAAGGGAAGUCUGUAUUUAUAUUCGAAACUUAGUUUGGACUCGGUGCGCAUAAAGUGUGGUCGAUCGGCAGCGCAGCGCGUGAUUUAAUUCUUGGAUUGUGAAAAGGAAUAGAAACCGGAACAGUUUUGAAAAUAACACGCAAAACAAACCAUGCUGUUGAAAACACUGCGAACUCUUCUCACUAAAACUGUUUAAGAGCGAGUGUCGCUCCACGUGUGCUCUAUGAUUAUUUAGUAUGCAGCCAAAUGAGCGUGCAUGCGUGCACUGACAUACGUACACACACUUACACAUACACACACGCACAAGCACAAGCAAAAGCAGAAGCACAAGCACAUACGAAAGUGCGACAAGCAAAGUAAAGUAUAAAGAAAAGUAAAGCAUGUGGCCGGCCGCAAAGUAAAACUCGAAAUUGUGUUUGAAACAGAACAAGAUCCACGCUGGCAGUGCAAGUGCGGAGAGCGCAGGCUGUUAAAGAACUCAAAAUACCAAAUAGAAAAGAAAAACGAUAAAAUUAGUGAGCAUAAAUAUACGUACAUAUGCACAAAACACUUUAUUUUCGAGGAUCUUUAACAAAGGGACCAAUUAGUGGCAAAGCCAAAUAUUCGAAAACAAAGUAAUUUACUAAAUAUCUUACCUCCUGCAUUCGUGUCGAAAAAUAUGACACGCAUUCAAGCUAGCGAUACGCUAAUACCGCGACAGGUAUUCGAGGUGCCAAUAGAGGCAGGCAGUGAUCAAAAAGCACGUGACCGGAGCAACUCUGCCACAGACACCUCCAGUCAGAGUUCUGGAGUUAAGCUCAAGAAACAAAUCGGAUUGCUCGAUGGCGUCGCAAUCAUCGUUGGUGUCAUUGUGGGCGCCGGCAUAUUCGUUAGCCCCAAAGGUGUGCUCAUGUUCUCCGGCUCGAUUGGACAGUCGCUCAUCGUGUGGGUGCUCUGUGGAGUUCUCAGCAUGGUGGGUGCCCUAUGCUACGCCGAAUUGGGUACCAUGAUACCGAAAUCAGGGGGUGACUACGCCUAUAUUGGCACCGCAUUUGGCCCAUUGCCUGCGUUUCUGUAUCUCUGGGUAGCGCUGCUCAUACUGGUUCCCACGGGCAAUGCCAUCACAGCGCUUACAUUCGCUCAAUAUCUGCUGAAACCAUUUUGGCCCUCAUGCGAAGCACCCAUAGAAGCUGUUCAGCUUUUGGCCGCUGCCAUGAUCUGUGUCCUGACUGUCAUCAACUGCUACAACGUGAAAUGGGUCACACGGGUAACGGACAUAUUUACGGGUACAAAAGUGGUUGCGCUAAUGGUAAUUGUGGGUGCCGGCGUGUGGUACUUGGCGGGUGGCAACACGGACUAUUGGGAUCAACCGUUUAGUGGAGGACACAAAGAGCCCGGAUACAUAGCGCUGGCCUUCUAUAGCGGAUUGUUUUCCUACUCGGGCUGGAACUACUUGAACUUCGUGACAGAGGAAUUAAAGGAUCCGUACCGUAAUUUGCCGCGUGCCAUUUGCAUAUCAAUGCCGGUUGUCACGAUCAUUUAUAUGGUGACAAAUGUAGCAUACUUUUCGGUGCUUUCGACUGAUGAAAUACUAACUUCUGAUGCCGUAGCCGUAACCUUCGGUGACAAGAUGCUGGGCUUCCUGUCGUGGAUAAUGCCCUUUGCUGUGGCGUGCUCGACGUUUGGAUCCUUGAAUGGCGCCAUCUUUGCAUCAUCUCGCUUGUUUUUUGUGGGAGCGCGCAAUGGCCAUCUGCCAGCGGCGAUUUCGCUAAUAAACAUUAAUUGCCUAACGCCGGUGCCAUCAUUAAUAUUUCUGUGUCUAAUUACGCUGAUGUUGCUGUUCAUAAAGGACACAUAUGUGCUCAUCAACUACGUUAGCUAUGUGGAAGCACUCUUCACGCUCGUCUCUGUGUCUGGCUUACUCUGGUUGCGGUAUAAGCAACCCAAGACGGAACGACCCAUUCGUGUCAACCUAUCACUACCCAUCAUUUAUCUGAUUGUCUGCCUGUUCCUGGUCAUCGCAUCCUGUACACAGUCCCCCACCGAGGUGGGCGUUGGCACUGUGAUCAUACUUUCCGGCAUUCCCGUCUACUAUCUAACCAUACAUAAUCCGGUUCAAUGGUUGGCCGACACCUCCCAAACCAUAAACAUGUGGUGCUCCAAAUUCUUUAUCUGUAUGCCAAAUCAGGAUAAGUUCGACUAAGAUUAAAUUACUCAUUACUAGGGCGAAUCAAGUGCCUUCUCUGUAGUAAUCAAUGAUCCAUCAAUAACUAUUAUAAUAGGUACCUCAUAAGCUCGGCAAGCUUCUCCAAAUACCAUCUUGUCUGCUGUAAAUAUCUUUAUAAUUCUCAAAGAAGUCAAUUAAGAACCAAUUUCGUUAGCUUGUA